CAUCACCUUCCUCUCAGGAUUAAAGAUCUCACCUUCUCUCUCUCACGUUCCUUCUCACCCCCCGAAACUAUCGAAAAUCCCUCUCCUUCUCUCUCUAGGGUUUUCGUGUCUUUCGCACUCAAAAUUGUAUGGGCCAGCUGAUAAAUCCAACUGCGGAGCCAAGCUUGAUGUCGUGUCCGUCAAAUUUUCCGUCUUUCGGUUUCGUUUCUUGCAAGAGGCGUUGAGAAUCGGUGCCUUCCUGGGAUUGGAUCGUGGGGCUGCGUCUUCAAAGGGCAACACUUGUGCUUCUAGCUGGAGACGGGCAAGGCAUAGUUGUGAAGAAUCAUUUUUAACAGUGAUUCUAUACUGUGAUCGAGUUCAUGAGAUCAUAUAUCAAGAUUGAUUCACUCUUUAUAGACCUUACUGACUAUUUUGACCAGAGCAUUGAUCCAGGAAAAUGUGAACAUUUCUCAAUGCGCGGAUAUGUAUCUGAAAUUCGCCAAAAAGACUGGAAAUUGUGUUGGCCAUUUCCAAUACUAGACAACCAUAAUGAGUCUGAACAAUUACCAUUGCUCCCACCAUUUGAUGUACCAAAAUUAAGUUGUCAAAGCUGUCAGCAAGAAUGUGCUUCUGAAGGCAGUCAUAAAGAUGAGGGAAAAGACCUCAAUUGUAGUGCUGCAGCUCUCAAUUCUGAUGCUCAGCAAGCUCCAAUUGCUGUCACUUUUGAGGGAAAGGAAAUUGAUCUUAACAAUUCAACUAACCUGGGUAAUGGAAACGAUCAUAUAGCCUUUAGCAAUGAGAAAGAAAAGAAAGCUGAAGCUGAAGAAAGCAGAAUAAACAAUGAGAUUGGUAUGGAGGGUCUCAACCAUCAAAUAUCUAGUGUUUCAUCUCCAUUAGUUUGUGAAGAAAUGGGACAGGAACGACAGACAAAUAACAAAGGUGGGGAAGGCAAAGAAGUUUUUGAGGUUGAGCUUGAUACGGGGAAUCUCAAGCGCAAGGAUAAGAGCAAGAGUUCUGCUGAGACUUGCGAUGGAGGAAAGCCUGCUUUUGCUGAUAAUCAAUGCCUGAAAGAGACAGAAAAAGCUUGUACAGAGUUGGAGAAAGGCACCAUAUUUACUGAGGCAGACAAAACAGUCGAUCACACAUCUGCACUGCCUCCACCAGAUUCAGUUGCUUGUCAUGAAACUAAACCAGGAAGUACUGAUAAUUUGGUCAAAAAUGAAUUUCAGGAUGAACAUCUUGGAAAGUCAACUGGUUUGCAUCGUAAGAAACCUCGAAAGGUGCGCCUGCUAACUGACUUAUUAGGUGGAAAUGGUGAGACAAAAACUGAGCAAAUUGCUGUACAAGGAUUCCCAUUUGAAGGUACUUCAAUUCACCAGGGUCAGGUGAAUGAUCAAGGAGAUUUGACAAAAAUUGCUCAGAGUAGGAAACGGAAGUUUAUUGUGGAUGAGGAGCAGAUGGUUGAGACUGAACUUGAAAACUUGAAGGAAAACACAAAAACCAUUGACCCUGUUCUGAAUAAUGGAUCUGAAGAUGUAUUUGCUGGAACAGAUACUCCAGAUUUUGUGAAGAACAACGGGUGUAAGUCAGAAAUUGAAAGAAGCCAUACUGUGGAUAUUAAGAAGAACAAAAAGAUCCAAUUUGUCGGCAAUCACUUGAUAUCUGAGCCUCAGAAAGGGAAGCAAAAACAAAAUCAGGACAGAAUGGAUUUUGCAAAUGACGGGUGUGCUUCUAGAACUACUUCCAAAUUUGCUCAUGCUCCUGCAUUUGUGGAGAAAGGGAUGAGUAAUUUUCCUUUGCAUGCUCCAAGAACAGAAAAUGAGUCCAAAUUUUCCAAAGGAAAAGGCAAGAUGCUACAAGCUGAUCAAGAAUUGCCUUCUGUUUGUUGCCAAAAUAAUGGCAUGCUAGUAGAAAAUUCGUUUGCACAUAAAACUGAAAAAGUAAUGCCAAAUAUGUCGCCAACUGUUCCAAAUCACUCUGCUGAAGGUUUAAUGAUCCAAAAAAGUCUGGAAGAGGGACUGCAUCUUUCUCUGAAUAGUUAUUUGGCAACACAGGAUUACAACAAAAUAAUACGUAUCCAUGAAAAUGAAAAUCGGCUACCUUUCUCAUCACCUUCUCAAGAGGGAACCUCGAUAGCACAUCAGUUUGUAAGGAAAGAAUGGGAAACCAAUGUUGUUGGAAAGCCAAUCAUUCCGUUCGAGCACAUAACGGAUGAUAUUUCCAGAAAAAGAGUUCGUUCUGAAGAAAUAACUGGUGCGAGAAACAUGGAAGAAACUGCUGGAGCUCUAGAACGAGUGGGUAUAUUUAACCGAUACAAUGAUCAAGCACCAGACACGGGUUCUGAGCAGGAGUCAGGAGAUGAUGAUGAUGACUAUGAAGAAGAGGAAGAUGACGACGACGUACCCAUGGACAUUGUAGAUUUCAUGGCUAAGUUUCAGUACUUGAGGGGUCUUCCUGAUACUAAAAAAGAAAAGCGCUUGAAAAGAUCCAGCAUCAAGAGAAAAGCACAAGUUGGCAGCACUAUAAAUGGGAAAGGGGAACAUAGAUUAUUGAAAGGUGACCAGAAGGAAAUGGCAAGGGAAAGACGUGGGGAUGAUAGUAUGGUCAUGAGAGGAAAGAAUGCAAGGUCCCGUGAAAGAAACUCUGUUCAUUGCUUUUCUUCAUCUGAAGGCGACCCAUUGAAUCUGAGUAGUCUCUCUCAAACUUCCCUCUAUGGGAUUGAAGUCUCCCAGCCCCAAAUGAAGCCAUCAAGUGUAUUCCAUUUUUCACCUAUAAGUUCCAGCCAACUUGGUAGUGCACAAAAUCAUAGGUUAAAUAGGAUUACUGCAGAGUGUGGAUCCUCUGAUCCUGCGUUGGAAUCCCGGGGAGGAUGUAGCCUACAUCAAACUAUUUUACAAGAUGAUGACAAGGCUUCUCGUGCUUGGGGAUCCUUGACUCCGAAUCAUGUGUCCCUGGGAUAUGAUAUUUUCAAAAACAGUGUUAUUUCCCAGUCUACGAGCACAAAGGAUUUGCAGAAGCAGAACAUGAAGAGGGAUAUUGACAUCAACCGUAUAAAUUUGAAUGCUGUUGACUAUGAAAAGCUUAAUAGGGGAAGGGUUCCCGGACCCUUGAGCAGGAUGAAUGCAGAAUACCCAUUUCCCUGCAAACAUAAUGGGAUUGAACCCCUUCAAAAGCUAAGGGAAUCUCAGCACAUGUAUUCCAACGAGACGAUACCUGCCAUGCAUUUACUUAACCUUAUGGAUGCAAGCAAGCAGUCUCGUACACCCUUCAAUACAAGUGUCAAUGCUCAAAUGCUUAAGAGGCCUUUAUAUCCCGGUGAUUCCCAUGCUAAGUUGGAGAUAGGUACAUCUAAGGCUCCCCUUGUUGGUUCCCUGAAACGGCCAUCGUCUGAUUAUUUUGGUAAAAGCUACCCAUCAGAGAAGCAACAUGGCUGUUUUGGCUUUCCUACGCUUGGUGCAUCCUCAUCUGUUGGGCAGGGUGAUAAAUUUGUGGGAACUACUAGUUUCAAUGGUCGAAUUCCCUCCAAGUCUGGAAUGAAAGAUAGGAUGAAGAGCUCCGGCUCAGCCAUGCAUAAUAGAGGAAAUGCUCAGCAGCUUAACUGGCCAUAUCUUGAAAAGGAAACUUCACUGCAACGUCAAUUCAAAGUCCAUGAUACUUGUGGAACCUCAAUGCCUGUGAGAAAAAGUUCUGGUUCGAACAUAUGCAGCAUCAACAGAAACCCUGCUGAUUUUACCGUACCGGACCCCGGGAAUGUAUAUAUGAUCAAAGGCGAAGAAUUGAAAUUUGAAGAGGCAAGUACGUCCAGGAACAGGCUCGACUUGCUUGCUUUGCAUAGUUGCAGACAGCUGAAAAACUUGAAGCCAAGUAAAUAGAAAGAAUACGAGGGACAUUGAAAUGUCGUAGAACCUGAUAGGUGGUGGCUAUCCAGCAUGUCUUUUUUACUUUUAUGUUGAUUAUAGAAGUACGAAGUCUGCCUUAUAACCUCAUGUUACAGUUUUAAUAAUAUUUAAGUUAUUUGAUGCCCAUAUUUGUAUGCUGAGGAAAAUUGUGUAUUAGCCUUGCAUCAACAUGUUCUUUAAGAAUAUCACAUUGCUUCCUCGCACACGAGACGGACCAAAACUUCAAUUCGUUUGCUGACCAA